AUGUGUUAUUACCUUGGUUACACAGAACCGCCCCUAGAAUGUGACUGCGUGGUGUCCAGAACCAGGGGUUCAGGACAUGAACAGACCUCAGGUGAGCUGAAGCAGGACAUGGGUGUGCCUGGGAACCUGGAAUCCAAGGGUGGGAGUGCCACCGAUGAAGGAAUAAAGAGGCUGCGGAUCCCCGGCUCUUAUUAUCGAAGUGAGUGGGUGGGACUGGAGUCCUUGCUGCUUCUGUGGCUGCUGCUAGUGUCAGGGUUUUCCACCGACACUGUCAAUUUUCACACCUAUGAGGAAGAAGCCCCUGGCACCGUCAUCGGUGUUUUGUCCGACCACCUCUCGUUUAACUCCCUGCGCGAGGUGCCAAGACAGUUUGGCCUGAUGAAGCAGUUCAACAGCUCUCUGCUCCGGGUGCGCGAAGGCGACGGGCAGCUGACCGUCGGGGACGCGGGCCUGGACCGCGAGCGGCUGUGCGGCCAAGCCCCGCAGUGCGUGCUGGCCUUCGACGUGGUCAGCUUCUCGCAGGAGCAGUUCCGGCUGGUGCACGUGGAGGUGGAGGUGAGGGACGUCAACGACCACGCGCCGCGCUUUCCCCGCGCCCAGAUCCCGGUGGAGGUGUCCGAGGGUGCGGCCGUGGGCACGCGCAUCCCGCUGGAGGUGCCGGUGGACGAGGACGUCGGCGCCAACGGGCUGCAGAGCGUGCGCCUGGCCGAGCCGCACAGCCCCUUCCGCGUGGAGCUGCAGACCCGCGCGGACGGUGCCCAGUGUGCGGACCUGGUGCUCCUACAGGAGCUGGACCGCGAGAGCCAGGCCGCCUACAGCCUGGAGUUGGUGGCCCAGGACGGUGGCCGCCCGCCGCGCUCUGCCACGGCCGCCCUCAGCGUGCGCGUGCUGGACGCCAAUGACCACAGCCCGGCCUUCCCGCAGGGCGCCGUGGCCGAGGUGGAGCUGGCGGAGGACGCGCCCGUGGGCUCGCUGCUGCUCGACCUGGACGCGGCCGACCCCGACGAGGGUCCCAACGCCGACGUGGUAUUCGCUUUUGGCACCCGCACCCCGCCCGAGGCGCGCCGCCUCUUCCGGCUCGACCCGCGCUCGGGCCGCCUCACCCUGGCCGGGCCCGUGGACUACGAGCGCCAGGACACCUACGAACUGGAUGUCCGGGCGCAGGACCGCGGCCCCGGGCCUCGCACCGCCACCUGCAAGGUCAUCGUGCGCGUCCGCGACGUCAAUGACAAUGCGCCCGACAUCGCCAUCACCCCGCUGGCCGCCCCGGGCGUGCCGGCCGCCUCGCCCUUCGCCGCCGCCGCCGCCGUGCUCGGGGGGACGGACGCGACCUCGUCGGCCGGGCCCGGGACGCCGGAGGCCGGCGCCACCUCGCUGGUGCCGGAGGGGGCGGCGCCCGAGAGCCUGGUGGCGUUGGUCAGCACCUCGGACAGGGACUCGGGCGCCAACGGGCAGGUGCGCUGCGCCCUCUACGGGCACGAGCACUUCCGGCUGCAGCCGGCCUACGCCGGCAGCUACCUGGUAGUGACCGCGGCGUCACUGGACCGCGAGCGCAUCUCCGAGUACAACCUGACCCUGGUGGCCGAGGACCGCGGCGCCCCCCCGCUGCGCACCGUGCGGCCCUACACCGUGCGCGUGGGCGACGAGAACGACAACGCGCCGCUCUUCACGUGGCCGGUCUACGACGUGUCGGUGCGCGAGAACAACCCGCCCGGCGCCUACCUGGCCACGGUGGCCGCCCGGGACCCGGACCUGCGCCGCAACGGCCAGGUCACUUACCGGCUGCUGGAGGCCGAGGUGGGCCGCGCUGGGGGCGCCGUGUCCACCUACGUCUCGGUGGACCCGGGCACCGGAGAGCUGCACGCUCGACGAUGCUUUGACCGCGAGGAGCUGGACGAGAUGCAGCUGGGGCUGGAGGCGCUCGACGGCGGAUCUCCGCCGCUACGGGGCCGGACCAUAGCGCGGCUACAGGUGGAAGAGCAGAACGGCCACGCGCGCCUGGUGGCCCCGCUACUCUCCAAUGGUUCAGCUCGGCUGCCUCUGCUGCAGGGCGCGCUCAUGGGCUACCUGUUGACCCGACUGCAGGCAGAAGACGAGGACGAAGGCUCUAACGCUCCUCCGCAGCGACGGCGGCCAAGGGGCGCUAGCGCUGCACCCGGCUCCUGGUGA